AUGAGUGAUUUUGACAACAAAUGUCAACCCUCCCUAAGGAAUAACCUUCGCUCAGCUACAGAAACACUUAACCGUCUGUGUCGAGCGACGCCAGAGCAAGAUAUAGGUAGAAUGCUUCGGGGAAAUAAGACAACUCCACAAUACAAAGCCGCUGUUACACCUUCAGCGAGGGAAAACAACACCUACCCAACCAGAUCCUCACCGGCAGUAGCGACAUCAGCUUCGCGGGCCCCAGGCACGGCGGGCGAGUGGGCCAAUGCCUUCCGUCUUCUUCAAUCCCAAGUGUAUAACUGUGUGGUAGAGCUUGACACGGAACGAGUUGUGCGCAGCAACAACAUCCGUGAAGUGGAGCAAACACUCUCAGGUCAUGUGGGGGAGUUGCGUGCCAUGAUACUGCAGAUGAAGAAGGAAAAUGAGUACUUGACAGGUGUAGUUCGAUCGCUUCAGAAGCGGGUGUCGCCACAUCGCGCUGGUAGGAGCAUCGGCAACGGAGAGCAUACGAUCACCUCUGCUGCGCCUCCUCAAACAAUGACCACCGUGGCCGGUAUGGCUGCGCUUACAGAGCGAUUGGAAGCGUUAGAAGAUACCGUAGCACGGCAGCAGCGAGUUGUCGGAGACCGCAACACUCGGCUGGAGGGAAAUAUCCGUGAGAUGGUGGGAAACGCCGUAAAUAUCGAAGUGGAACGAACACGCCGCAUUGCGCGUGAGGCGGCCCGCGACUGCACCGACGAACUUGUGCGCACUCACCUUGCAUCCAUACAAGCGGUCCUUCAGAGUGAACGUCAGCAUCAGCAGAAGGUUGAUAGCGCAUCAAGCGACGCGGUACGUGAGGUGGUGCAACACUUCAGGAGGCUAGAGGUUGAUGUGCAGCGGCGUUUGCAAGAGAUGAAUUCAACAAUUACUGUUAUAAGGCAACAGCAACAACAGCGGGAGUCAGAAAUUCAGGAGCUUUCGGUCCGUGUCGCGCAGGAUGUCUCAGCAGUAGAAAGAUCCGUCGAGGCUGCUCGGCGUGAGCUGCAGAGCGGUAUAGCAAAGAACGCACAGGCCAAUGAGGCACGCGCUGAAGCAACUCAACUCGCCUUGGAGGCUGCGGUUGCAGAACGGGCGAUUGCAGCAAGUAAAGAGGUUGUUAUGCACAGGGCCACUAUCAUUGAUGCAGCAGAGGCUGGAGCCAAGCAAAAAGAACAGCAGGAAGAGCAGCGUUUGCUACGGCGACUUGAGGAUGCGCAGCGUACCAAUGAAACGGUUCAACGGCAACAAGAAAAGUUAGAGGAGCAACUGAAGGGGCUGCAGAGUGUAGUGCAAGAACUUCAGCAACAGCUUGUUGAGGCGGUUAAGGCAUCCAAUGUCGCAUCAGCGGAUAUAACAAAGUGGAAGGCGCGUAUCCGCGAGGCGCUAACGACAAGCGAGGAAGCCCGCACGCUCGCACAGGAGUCCACUGCGUGUGCGCAGAAGACAGAGGACUCAGUGCGCGAGGCACUGGCGCGUUCUGGGGUGCAAUUGAAGAGACUGGUGGCGGAUCACGAGAAUGGCACUCUUUUGACUCAGCAACUCACUGAAAAGCUUGAGGCAACUGAAGCCCGUCUCGCUUCGACCCGAACUGUCGUGGACGACCUGAGCGAACGCCAUAAAAAUAGUUUACUCCCAAUGACCGCAAGGGUGGAGACGCUCCACCGAAGUUUGCAAGACAUCUUUGGACCGAAGAUGGAGGAGAUAAGUGGUUCUCUAGUAGAAUUGAAAGCAACUGUGGAGCAGCUACAGUUAAAUGCCUCCUCACGGUCGAAGUCAGACGCCCGACAACUAUCGGAUAUGAGGCGUGAGUACACCACCGACAUACAGCAACUGAAGGAUUGUUUACACCAACAGGUACGUGAGUGGAAGCAGGAGUGCUGCACAUCGUCAAGUACACUAAAGGCGGCAGUGGAUGGGUUAAGUGACACAGUAAAGUUGCAGGAGCAGUCAACCACGAGGAGAGAAGCACUACAUGCAUCAGCCGCAGAAGUUGCAGUGCUUUCGGAUAGGGUGCAGGCGUUGGAGGCGGCACGUGAGGCGGUUGAAUGGCGAGUUGCAAGAGGGGGAAAGACAUCAAACCUCGCCACAGCCACUGAAGGAGCUCAACAGUCAGCAGGAGAAACAACGGUAAACUCAUCCGUUGGGGAACCAGGAGCCGCUACAGAUUCAGAACUAGGAAAUAAUGGUGAGGUCAUUUACGAACUCCGGCAUCGAAUCACCGCCGUGGAGCAAUGUGUACGGAGUCGUGAGGACAACCUCCAAAAACUGGUACGCAACGACAUACAAAAAGAAGUAGGGAGACUUGAGCAACUGGUAAACCGCAUGGAUGAAGAGAACACAUCUAGGAUGCAACUGCUGCGAGUGCAGCUCAGUGACGACGUGGCAACGCGGUGCAAAGGCAUGCUAUGCGAAGUGGAAACCCCUGCACAACGUCAGUUACAGUUGCAAGUGGAUCGCCUACGCGAGUCAUUGAACCCGGCAAAACUCAUUGCUGCUAUCGAAGCUGAUGUGGAACUUCAGAACCACCUUUCACUUGCAUUGCAAGACGCUUUCGCCCCGCGCGUUGGCACAUCCGAGUCCUUCGUACAAAUGAAACGACGACUACAGAAGGCGGAGGAUGAACUAGCCGAAGUGAAAGUGCAUACACGUGAACAGAAUGAAAGAAUGAAGAUAAUAGAAUCGAAUUCGGAGAAAUACAUGUGGGAAUCUAGUAACCAGACCCAAGGAGAGGGAAGUGCGGGCGGAAGGUCAGAGGUAGGUGUGCUUUUGCAGUUACUGCAGACAAGCAUGAAACAGUUGCAGGAGGAGCAAGCGGCAGCGAGGCGCGAGCGCGAGUUGUUACGAACGACCGCGAAGGUAGUGGAAACGGCCGCCCCCGCAGUAGAGGUAACUAGUGGAGAGGGCCCAAGUGCCGGCCACCACUGCACCUCUGCGGAUGAAAUGGUUAGGUCGGAUUUAAAGACCUAUUUGGAGGGUUGUAUCAAUGCCGUCGAGGCAAAGGUUGAGGCGGCUGCGCAGUCUACUGCUGACACGCUUGAUGUUCUAAAGCAGAGCAUCGAGAUGUGCGUGUCGUUUUUUGUUGAUGAAGUGAACGCCUCUGCACUAUUAAACCCCUUAUUUUUACCCAUAGAAGCAGGUCAGAAUAAACUAAACGUGAACACCGUGAAGGGUUUGGAUGGUGUGCUCUUAUUUCUUUGGCAACACCAGUGUGGUUUACAGGCUGCCGUACAGGCGCUGCAGGACGGGAGUUUAGGCACACUCGACUUGCUGCAGCAUCACGAAGAACAGCUAGCGCUGCUGCAACCGGUGGGGCCGCUUGCAACUCACACUGCAGCUCAGUUGGAGCGGCUUGCUGUCAGUUUGGGCCUUCCACUCGAUACGGAUGCCAUGGAUGAGAUGGAGGAGGAAGUGGAAGUGGAAGGCGAAUUGAUAGAAGACGAUGAUAAUGAUGAUGAAUUAAUGGAGGAAAGUGAGGAGUUGGUGGAGGAAGAGGAGGAUGAGGCAGAACAGCCUGAUGAAGAAGUGUAA